AUGUUCUUUCUCUCUCCUCCCUUCACCGAAAGAUCUCAAAUCCCUUAUUCCAUGCUUGGCUUAGUUCCAGGAGAAGAAGCUUCAAAGCUGACUGAGCAAGAAAUCUCCUCGGCUUAUCGCAAAAAAGCCAGAGAAUCACACCCUGAUAAAAACAUAAACGAUCCAGAUGCUCUUGCCAAGUUCCAGAAACUCCAACUUUCUUACGAGAUUCUCAAAGAUCCCAAAACCAGGAAAGAAUUCGAUGAUUUACUCAGGGUUCGGAGGGAGAAAAAGGUCCGGGACAACAAGAAAUUCGACGCGAAAUGACGUCGGAUGAUGUUGGAUUUGGAGGGGAGAGAAAGGGCGUCGUUUGUCGACCUUGAGAAGACGGCCCGGGAAGAGGAUGAGGAGGAGGAGAUUACGAGGAAAUUGGAUGGGGAAUUCGCCCGUAAAGCUAUGUUUGCCAAAAAUCCCGUAUUUCCGAAAGAGAAUGUGGGCGGCGGCGGCGGUGAUGGUAGUGGUGUUACGUUGGAUAGUAGUAAGGUGUUGAAGGUGAAUUGGGAGAAGGGUUUUUCGGAAUACAUUGCGAGUCAAUUGAAGGAAUUGUUUGAGAAGUUUGGAGAUGUUGAAGAUGUUAUGUUGUAA